CGAGCGCAGGGCGGCAGCACGGCGGCGAGGGGCGCGCAGCGGAGACCCUCUUUGGUUCCGGCCAUCUACACUUUCUCCGUCCAACUUGCAGUUUUCCUCUUGGGUGGAACAGUCUAGACAGGCUCCGGGAAGCUGUUGCUUCCACGUGGAGCGGGCAAUGCGGGGACGAGAGGUGGGAUGGAACUUGACCGGAGCCGCGUUUUCCACCGAGGUGCGGUCUCCGCCAGACUGGGACUUCAGAUACCCUUGCCCUCUAUUGUCCCUGGAGUGUGUCUCCGGAGUUGGGCGGUGGGGUCUGGAGCACAAGAAAAAGUCGAUUCGUCUCUCUCCGGACUGGGUUCACCGUAAAACUCAAAGAAACACACUUGAUAGUCUCUCUGGCCACCGAGGGAGAUGACACAGUGAGCGCCGCGGUGGUCGAGGUCUCGCGAAGCCGAGUCCCCUCUGGCCUCAGGUUCCCAGACUGCGGCUGUUUCGGGCCGGCUGGGAAGAGGCGGCCGCGUGGGGACGCUCGCGCGGCGCGGCCAGAAUUGCCCCGCCACUCCGCCCUGGCGUAAUAACUUGGGCUCCUCCUACGGGAACCAAGCGUAGUCCGGUGGCCGCGGCCUCCCCUGCCACCUCCCUCUGAACUCUCCGAUGAAGCAGCGAGCGAGCUGGGGAGGGGGCUCCCCCUUGGCCCCAGAGGGUUCUAGCCUAUUCCCCUGACCCAACGAUGGCUGUGGAGAUAGAGUGCAGGUACAGCUGCAUGGCCCCUUCCUUGCGCAGAGACAGGUUUGCCUUCAAGAUCUCAUCGAAGCCGAGCAAACCUCUGAGGCCUUGUAUCCAGCUGAGCAGCAAGAAUGAAGCCAGUGGAGUGGUGGCCCCCGCCAUCCAGGAGAAAAAGGUGAAAAAGCGAGUGUCCUUCGCAGACAACCAGGGGCUGGCCCUGACAAUGGUCAAAGUGUUCUCGGAGUUUGAUGACCCAUUAGAUAUUCCGUUUAACAUCACCGAGCUCCUAGACAACAUUGUGAGUCUGACGACAGCAGAGAGCGAGAGCUUUGUGCUGGAUUUUCCUCAGCCUUCUGCAGAUUACCUAGACUUCAGAAACCGGCUUCAGACCGACCACGUCUGCCUGGAGAACUGUGUGCUGAAGGACAAAGCAAUCGCAGGCACAGUGAAGGUGCAGAACCUCGCGUUUGAGAAGACGGUGACAAUAAGGAUGACAUUCGACACUUGGAAAAGCUUCACAGACUUUCCCUGUCGGUACGUGAAGGACACCUACUCUAGUUCAGACAGGGACACGUUCUCCUUUGACAUUCGCUUACCUGAGAAAAUCCAGUCUUACGAAAGGAUGGAGUUCGCUGUGUGCUAUGAGUGCAACGGCCAGACCUACUGGGACAGCAACAAGGGCAAAAACUAUCGGAUCACGCGGGCGGAAUUAAAAUCCACGCAGGGGACAGCCGAAUCCCACAAUGGACCAGACUUUGGAAUAUCCUUCGACAACUUCGGAAGCCCUCGCUGUUCCUAUGGUCUGUUUCCAGAGUGGCCUAGUUACCUAGGGUACGAAAAGCUAGGGCCCUACUAUUAGUGACUGGGAGGUCCCAGCAGGUGCAGACAAGCCUAGCCGCCCUCACGGUGGGAUGGAGAUGGAAGCCAAGAGAAUAGCUGAACUGCCAUUAAGCACAGUUUUUGAAAAGAAAGGAUCCUAUGCAGUUUUCCCUUCAACCAGCAAGUCCAGCCCGGCCUAGAUCACAGAACUGGCUUCACGCUCAGAGGGGCUUUGGUGUGCUGGCACCUGUGGCAACCACAGCAUCUGGCUGGGCAGGAUGGUGCCAGAAAGGGCCUGGACAGGAACCAGGCUGCAGGCUGUGCUGGUGAGACUGGAGCAUGGUGGCUUCAUAACGAUGCAACUUGGAGGGUGCCCGGGCUGGGUGGAAGAGCCACUUGGGAAAGUCAGUCACUUGCAUGUCACUGUCCCCAGCCACCAUGUGGAUCCUGGCUGCUCGUCUUUGGGUGUUCUCCACCCAGCCAGGCCUUUCCUGCCUGUUGCUGCUGUCCCACGUCCAUGUGUUCUGCAUACUUUGCGCGCAUUUUGUGUGUGUGUGUGCAUGUGUUUUUCUUCAACAGUUCGCCUGAUGUUCAGGAGAAGAUAAGAAAGGGAAAUCAGCCUGUGAGAUGGGCACUUCCCCUUUCUGACCCAAAGUAACUGGCUUCUGGUCAGUGGUAUAGACUGUGUCUGUGACAGCAGGACAGUCAUGAGUGGGACACUUUUGGCUUCUCCUCUUGGCUUUUGGGGGAGCUUGCUAAGUACUCAGUCUUAACCUGCGUCACCAGAUGGCUCAAUGACAGGGGUGCCUUCGGAAAAUGUCUGCUUUUCUUCUGGCUGUGAUUUACAAUGUCCAGGACACUUUAUACGCACCCAGGGGCUUUGAUUUGGGUGUUCUUAUUUAUGGCACGUGAGUAUGGUUACGUGAAGCGGGAGGGGAGAAAAACCGAAGUUCUCCUACGUAUCGCAAGUCUGAAACGUCGGAUGUCGGUUGCUCUUCAGCGUGUUGGACUGAGGGAUUACAAACCCUCACCGUUGUGAGACCCCGAGACUUUGACUGUCAGAGGGCUCCCCAGACCCUGGGACUUUCCCCGGGUGGGACUGGUUUGUACUUGGGGUGGUUUACAAUAUUUUUACAUAUGUAUUUGUAGAAGGUGGAGGGGGGGUUCUGUUUUGAUUUUGUUUUUGGAGAUUAAACAACACUCUCAGUU